AUGUGGACGAACUCUCAGCAUGGACCCAGGACCUCCACACCCAGAGCCCGACAUGGAGACGGACUAAAGCAGAGAAACGGAGCGGUGAUCGGUGAUGGUGUGGAGGAGCUUCAGGGGCGGAGAGCGUUAAAGUCCGCGGACACUCAGAGUCACGGUAAGUCUGAUCCACGAGUGUUUUCAGCCCGAGUUCACCCUCCAACUUUCUCUCUCUCUCUCUCUCUGUUUCUCUCUCUCUCUCUCUCUCUUACACACACACACACGCACACACACACACAUAUGCACACACAGACUGUGCAGCAGCUGCUGCUGUGUCGUCUGCUCUCAGAUGUGACUGUGUGUUUGAGUUCAGCUGAGCAGAUCUGCAGCUUUAUUACUCCGGAGCUUCAGCAUCAACUUCAACUUUAGAGGUUGGGAUCUACGGAAAGCAUCAGUUGGAAAAGUCCCGUAGCGCCCCCUGCUGUCUGCUGCUUUCACCCUCAGGUGUCUCUGUCUUUCAGGUCAGUUCUUUGUGGUGGAGGAGGACAUCAGAGACUUCACUCAGGUGAAGGUGGACAAACGCUUUCAGAAGAUCUUCAUCAUGCUGAGACACUGUGGGCGCCUGAGGGAGGUCCGAGGAGGGGGACUGACUCGCUACAUGCUGCUGUGA